AUGGAGGCGGCGGUGGAGGCAGCAGUGAAGUGUAGCGGUAAUGGAUGUAAAGGUUAUGGUAGUGGUGAUUGUGUCAAUGGUGGUGGCGGUGAUGGAGGCGUACAUGGAGGUAUCGGUGAUGGAAGUGUCGGUGGAAGUGGCAGUGAUAGAUGUAAAGAUUAUAGUGGUGCUGAUGAUGGUGUCGCUGAUGGAAGAGGCGACGGCGGAAGAGGUGAAAGUGACGCUGGUGAAGUCAGUGAUAGUGGCGUCGGUGGUGGUGGUGGUGGUGGUGGUCGUCGUCGUCGUCGUCGUCGUGCAAAAGGCACAACCAACUUCAAAAUGAACGCCUACUUCUCAAAGACACUUCCAAUUCCACAAGACCCCAGAUGUAAUGAGACCAUAAUUCGCGAAAGCAACGACUGA